UAGCCUCGGGCAUCUCAUCAGAGCACUCUGUCGAGUGUUUUUCUCGUCUGUUUCGAUAUUUCGGGAUCGAUAUCUCCUUUCAUCGAGUCUUUUGAAUAGAGUGAACAUCCCUCAAGAGGGGGCAGGGAGCAUACGCUACGCAUCAUCGCUACGCAUCAUGUCACAACUCAAUGGUGAAUCGACAUCUCGGUCAAACAAUCUUUCGAGGACACCACCGUUGACGGGUACCGUUCACGUCGACACGUCUGCUUCCAUGCCACCUCCUACUGGACAAACCAACCUCAACGAUAUUGCAGGGGUCCUGAGGAGAAAUCAGGCUUGUCUGAACUGUAGAAGGCGGAAAUUGAAAUGCGAUGCAGUGGGUUUACCUUUGAUGAACGACAGUCACAGUCUCCUGACCAUCCUUCCUAGGUCCGGCCCAAUUGCUCGACCUGCGUACGAUCCUAUAAGCACUUGCUACGGACUGCACCCAAGACCAACCCUGUUUUAUGCUGCGAAUACGAUGAUGGGCAUACUGGGACGACAUCGAGAGAUCCUCAAGAGGUCAUCUCCCUCGCGGACGAAGAUUCCGACGAUGAUGAACCCGUCGACUCCCCAAAGAAGCAGAAACGCAAGGCGACAGGAGAGGCAAAGAGAAGGAAGAGCAAGAAGGAAGAUUCAACGGACGCAGACACAGAAGCGUUAAGGAAAAAGAUUGAGAAUCUCGAGGCUCAGCUCCGGUCCAAGAUUGAGCAGCCACAACCGUCUGCCGAUCCACCUGCGCCUU